AUGCGUUGCUUCCUUCUGAUUGCCUUCUUCGCUCUGAUGAUCGUCCUGGUGGCCGCCAAGGCAGGACCUCAGCAUGGUCAGCAUGGAGGAGUUAAGCAUGAGGGACCUCAGCAGGGAGGAUCGAAGCCGGGAUUGCCUCUGAAUGGCACCCUUCCCGCAUUGAAUGGCACCACCCCCACCACCGCCAAUGAGACAACCACUGAGGGCAGCACCACCGAGGGCACCACCACCACUGUGGCCGCUUCCACCUAG